CGCUCCUCAGCGAGGCAAUACCCCAUUUUCCAAAGGAGGAGGAGGCGGUGGGUGGUUUGCAAUGUACGGGCUCCGUGUACGCGCACUACUCCUAGCGGUGGUUCGCCGUCACUGAAUAAUACCCUCCAGAGUCACCCACGGAGUGAUAGAGGGAGACACAAGCCAGCGAGUGUCGGAGAUGAGCGUCUUGUUCCAAUGAAACGACUAGCAGUGUGACGAUGACAGCGAAAGGCAGACAUAAAGCGGUCCCCUUCCCUCUGGCCCAUCGGCUGACCAUGAAGGAAGUGUUCGACGCUGAGGGCCGACCGAGGGUGGACCUGCUCAAAGCUCACCUCACCAAGGAGGGCCGGCUGGAGGAGGCGGUGGCCCUGCGCAUCAUCGAUGAAGGCGCCGCCAUCCUACGCCAAGAGCGCACCAUGUUGGACAUUGAGGCUCCAGUAACAGUGUGCGGAGAUAUCCACGGCCAGUUCUUCGACCUGAUGAAGUUGUUUGAAGUGGGAGGUUCACCUGCCAACACGCGCUACCUCUUCCUGGGGGACUAUGUGGACAGGGGCUAUUUCAGUAUCGAGUGUGUGCUGUACUUGUGGUCACUGAAAAUCCUCUACCCAAAGACACUCUUUCUUCUACGGGGAAAUCAUGAAUGUAGACAUCUGACGGAAUAUUUCACCUUCAAACAAGAAUGUAAGAUUAAGUAUUCGGAGCAGGUGUAUGACUCCUGCAUGGAGGCGUUUGAUUGCCUGCCCCUGGCAGCUCUGAUGAACCAGCAGUUUCUCUGCGUGCACGGGGGCCUUUCACCAGAGAUCCACACACUGGAUGACAUCAAAAAGUUGGACCGAUUCAAGGAGCCUCCGGCGUUUGGGCCCAUGUGUGACUUGUUGUGGGCAGACCCACUUGAAGAUUUUGGCAAUGAGAAGACCCAAGAGUACUUUGGACACAAUACAGUCAGAGGCUGCUCCUAUUUCUAUAGUUACCCGGCAGUGUGUGAGUUUUUACAGACCAACAACUUGCUUUCUAUCAUAAGAGCACAUGAAGCACAGGAUGCUGGGUACCGUAUGUACAGAAAGAGUCAGACAACGGGGUUUCCUUCACUCAUCACCAUCUUCUCUGCUCCAAACUACCUGGAUGUCUAUAAUAACAAAGCGGCGGUACUCAAAUAUGAGAACAACGUAAUGAACAUCCGUCAGUUCAACUGCUCACCUCACCCGUACUGGCUGCCUAACUUCAUGGACGUCUUUACCUGGUCUCUGCCUUUUGUGGGGGAAAAGGUGACGGAGAUGCUGGUCAACGUCUUGAGUAUCUGCUCUGAUGACGAACUCAUGAAUGAUGGCGAUGAGAUCUUCGAUGCAAGUGCAGCUGCAGCCAGGAAGGAGGUGAUUAAGAACAAAAUCCGUGCCAUCGGGAAGAUGGCCAAAAUGUUUUCUGUUCUACGGGAGGAGAGUGAGAACGUGUUGACCCUGAAGGGGCUGACCCCCACAGGUAUGCUGCCAAGCGGAGUGCUUUCAGGGGGUAAACAGACUCUGCAGAGCGCUACCAUUGAGGCCAUAGAAGCCAUCGAGACAGUUAAGGAUGCCGAAGCCAUCCGAGGCUUCUCCCCGCAGCAUCGGAUCAGCAGUUUUGAGGAGGCCAAAGGUCUGGACCGAAUCAACGAGAGAAUGCCGCCGCGGCGUGAUGCCAUCAACAGUGUGGGCCUGUCGAUGGGCCGCAUGAAUAUGGGAGAGCCCAAUGGGACGGAUAGCAACAGCAAUAUACAGUGAUUGGAUGCGUACUGUCACACGGCCAGACGCAGUUACUGCGGUUUCAACCCUCGUAUAGCGCCAUCCUGAACGAUAAUCUGUACAUAGCCAGACUCGAUACGCAAAAGCAUUACACACAAACGCAUAUUUCACACAUACAAACAUACGCACACUCAUAUGAUUACCGGUAUCUACUCCUUGUUUUUCGCUGUACGUUAAGGCUUGAGUGUGGCCGGACUUUAGGAAGUCUUCUCUAUUCAGAGAACUACCACUCCCUUGUACCCGCGGCAAGAAAGAGGAAAGAAACUACAAAAUGAGCAGAACGAGAGAGGCUACUAUUCACUGUGCAUGUCGGCGAUCACCAGUGCGUGGACAGCGUCAGCGUCAUGCAGCCGCGUCGAUGGAAUGAGUCGCGUUGACGAGGAGCGAGUGGGGUCAAGGUGCGGCCAUCGGAAGCUUCAGAGAGUCUUGUUCCUGUUUGCAGCAAAACGCGAGAAGUGGAACCAAAUGUAUAAAAAGUGAUGUUUUUAUGGGACGGAUGAUAUGCUUUAACAGUGUCCAUGCAUUUAUAUUUGACAAAUGUGCCGUUCGUCACCAAGAUAGAGGUG